AUGAUGGGUAAUGAUAAUGUGGACGAAGUGUCGGAAUGGUGGAAUACAACUCUCAACGAGAGAGCCUUGGUGGCAUCCAAUUGUCAAAUCCAUCGUGACAUCAGGACCAGUCUACUUUUAUUCGACUUAUUUCAUGUAAACGUAAACUGGUUCUCAUUUUAUGUUCCACGUCAUGUGGCUUUCGUUAUGGAUGGAAAUCGACGAUUUGCCAAAACUCACCAACUUGGUCACGUCAUUCACGGCCAUGAAAAAGGAUUCCAUCAACUUGCAAAGAUUUUGGAAUGGUGUCAUGAAUUGGGUGUACGGGAGGUGACUGUCUACGCGUUUAGUAUCGAAAACUUCAAACGUAGCACAGAAGAGGUGGACGGUCUGAUGAGGCUUGCCGAGGAGAAAUUUGCGAAGCUCUUGGCUGAGAAGGAUAAACUCGUGGAGAAGAGAAUAUCAUUCCGAUUCUUUGGUAAUAUCGCUAUGUUGCCCCCAAAAUUACGUAAAUAUAUAGCACAGAUCCAGCUUUUGACAAAGGAUUAUGACAGCGGAGUGGUGAACGUAUGCAUGCCGUAUACUUCGAGAGAUGAAAUUGCGCGUGCUUUCGAGAUUAUCAGGAAAGGAAGGGAGAAGGGACUCAUUGGUGAGAAUCAGAUAUCUGAAUGGCUGGUUUCCCGUUGCUUGGAUAGUAGACAUGGUACUGAACCCAACCUGCUUAUUCGUACGAGUGGAGAGAAAAGAUUGAGUGAUUUCCUUCUUUGGCAGUGCUCUUCUUGUCAUAUAUACUUCGAUGAUGUCCUCUGGCCAGAGUUCAGCUUCUGGAAUCUUUGUAAGGCGAUCCUUUCCUAUCAAUAUCAUAUCAGCUCCGUACAGGAGAUCCGAAAAUGUCAGAAGGCAGCGGACCCUUCUGAAGAAGAAAUUCUCACCCUGCAGCCUUUCCUUGAAUACGUUGAUGCUGCUCAAGAAGAAUUGUUACAUGAGUUUGCAGCGUAUACAGAAUAG